AUGGCUCAUUAUGACUCGUUGGAUGACAAGGACUCCGUGGAUAUUCAUGACAACCCACCACUCCCUGAUAACGUGGUGAGGGAGGAGGACAACACGGUAUAUUUUGUCUACGACGAGGAGGUAGAAGAAGAAGAGAAAGAGGAACCUCCUCCCCUAGAACCAGUUAAACCAGUCAACGACAAACCACACAAGUUCAAGGACCACUAUUGCAAGAAACCAAAGUUUUGCGACGUCUGUGCACGCAUGAUCGUUUUGAACAAUAAGUUUGCACUGCGAUGUAAGAAUUGCAAAACCAGCAUCCACCACCAGUGUCAGUCCUACGUGGAGUUCCAGAGGUGUUUUGGCAAAAUUCCUCCAGGAUUCAGAAGAGCUUACAGUUCUCCUCUGUACAGCAGUCAGCAGAAUGCCACAGUAUCUCAGCUCCUGCCUUUUUCACAGUCAAACCGCACUGACCCUGUGUUUGAGACGCUGCGGAUCGGUGUGAUCAUGGCCAACAAGGAGCGUAAAAAAGGGUCGGAGGACAAGAAGAACAUGAUGAUGAUGAUGAUGGAGGAAGAUGAGUCCCAGCCCAAACAGGAGGAAGAAGGAGGUGAAGGAGCAAACACAGAAGGAGACAAAAGAGGAGACAAAGCUCCUGCUGAUGACAAGAAUAAAAAGCUUCAGCCAGGGAAGAUUGGUGUGUUCAGUCAGUCUCACUACUAUCUGGCUCUCUAUCGCUUCAAGGCCAUAGAGAAAGACGACCUGGACGUGCAUGCUGGGGACCGCAUCACAGUGAUAGAUGACUCCAAUGAGGAGUGGUGGAGGGGGAAGAUCGGCGAGAGAACAGGCUUCAUACCUGCCAACUACAUCAUCCGAGUGCGAGCAGGAGAGAGGGUCUACAAGGUGACUCGCUCCUUUGUCGGCAACAGAGAGAUGGGCCAAAUCACUCUGAAGAAAGACCAGAUUGUGGUAAAGAAGGGUGAGGAGGUGAACGGCUACCUGAAGGUCAGUACAGGACGUAAGCUUGGCUUCUUCCCUGCCAACCUGCUGCAGGAGAUAUGA